UGGGAAAAAUAAUCUUAAUAAUUAUAAUGUAGCUUUGGGUAGGUGGAAAACGCAUCAACGGGAGGCGAAGUCUGAAUUGAGAUAGUGGUGCUGUGGUGCGAUAAUCAAAGGGUUUAUAACCGAUCGAAUUUGUGGAUAGAAGAGAAGAUGGGUUUCAUAAUGGAAUUCGCUGAGAACCUGAUUUUGAAAUUGAUGGAAGAUCCAAAGGAAAGGGAUCGUAGAUUCAGGGAACACGUUUACAAGGUUAAGGAUAGAUGCGCAAAGACGAAGGAGAUGUGGAGUUUACCUAUGCGUCCCUAUGGAUUUUGGACAUUCGAGCGCCACAAUUCUCAGCUUGCUUGGGAUGCACAGAUUAGCCAAGUUGCUGGUCGAAGGGAUCCUUACGAUGAUAUCCUUCGACACUAUCCUACCACAUCUAAAUGAGUGGUGCUGAACUUGACUCAACUCACAAGUGUUCUUAGUGAAAAAGUGGGAAUUUGUCAUAUUUCCUUUAUUAAUCUCCUGUCCUGUUGCAUGUUGCAUAGACUACAGCGGGUUUGUAAUGCACUAUAUUGCUGUUUCAAAUAAAAUUUCCAUAAAACUAUGGUGUUAUAUUAGAUUUUUGUCCCAACUAUGCUCUUCCUGGUUAUUUAUUUGUUUUAUAGGUGUUUGUUUCAUCUCCUUAUUUACAUAGUUGGGUAGAUGAUUCGUUUCAA